AACAUGUUUAACAUUUGGUUUCAGACUGAGUGUUAAAAUUGUGCACUGAAAGUGAAAAAUGUUUUUCUUAAAUCUGUUAGUUGGAUUCUUGGCACUUGGGCUUGUCAGGGGUUCAGUGCUUCAGGGUUCUGGUGUGCAGACAGGUUGUGAGGGUUCUCUUCUCAUGCAUUCAGAGGAGGGGGAGGUGUACACCCUGAAUAUGACAACCCUGCAGCAGGACGAGAAGGGAGUGCAUCAGCUGAAAGGAGGUAGCCUUAAUGUCAAGCAUGCUCUUCGGCAUGGAACUUGUUGCUACAGAUUGAGCAGUGGUCGGAGAAGGUAUAAGGAGGUUAAGAUGGAAGGAGAACAUAUUGUAAGGAUGAAAAUAAGAAAAGUGGAACUGGUAAGCGGUUAAAGGAACUGUAUUCUU